AUGCAACCGGUUGGAUACACGCAGUAUGGAAAUUUACUCACAAUUUCUGCCGCGCAACUCAUUGACAGUGGUGUAUAUCGAUGUGAGGCAGUCAAUCCCCUUGGUCGUGAAGUGGCUCACGUACAGCUAUCUGUAUUUGCGCGCACACGUCCGGCCGUAUCACUACCUGAACGUCUUAGUGCCCUGUGGAAUGAUAGCCUUCAACUACCGUGUGUGGUUUACAGCCACAUUGAGGCAAGGGUCGCAUUCGAAUGGUUGUACGCUCGACCGGGUCAGACCUCGAAACCCGGCAGCGCAGUGCACAAUCGAGGAAGUGGUGUCGGUAUUGGUACGCUUGGUUCAUCGGUGGCCACGAUCGACUAUUUUCAACGGAACAGUACCACUAUGCCAGAAUACGGUUCUGUGCUCACCGUUCGACAGCUCAGGUCAGAUAAUGCUGGAGUGUAUUUGUGUCGUAUUACAUCACAAGGAGGAAAUUUCAGUUUAUCCACAGAAGUCCAGGCUUAUAUUUGUUUUGGUCAAAAUGCACAGGUUGUCCAAUUACCGCUACCACCGGACAACGUAGUUCUUCAACCCCAGUCAGUUCUUCCAACCGCAGGCGUUCCAGCCACUGGCAACCGAAUCAACGUGUCCUUCAACAAGCCCAUCCUGACCCAGACAGCAGAUGUGGAUAAGUUCUUCUUAUUUGCCCAGCCGCUUACUGGCUCAUCCUUGACAGGGAGUUGCAGUGAUUACGACCCACGAUCGGGGUCUGUGCUUUCAAUGAGCAAAUCUGAUUUGAAGCAGAAGAACCGAACAUCAUUGGCACAGUUUCAGUUGGAUGCUCUAUGUCCUGGAAUCUCUUACUGUCUCCGACUGGUCGCUGCGAGUGUUCUGGGAUGGAGUGAUCCCUCUGAGGAGCUCGAAUUCAGAUCUCCACACGGCAAAGCUGAACCAAGUCUACCGAGUUCCGAAAUGUUUUCAAUGAUUUCUACAAACGACACGAUCGAUAUUGCCUGGACUGCCUAUUUAAACAAUCCCAGCUGCAUCAUCCAGUCAACAAACCUUAAUUAUCAGGUGGAAUAUUGGAAGGAAGGAGAAAGCGUUCACAGCACCCAGAUCCGACGCGUAUUCAAAUACACUGGGCUGUUUGCUAGAAUCACAUUGAGGCAGCUGAAACCAUCCACAAGAUAUCGUAUUCGGAUUGCUUUAUCCAAUAUAACUGACAACACAGGUAGCCAUGUUGAGCUGAUCGCCCAUACAAAUGCAUCCCCACCAAGCUGGGCUCCAAGAACCGUUCAAAUGAAACGCAUAUGGUCCAGCUCCGCCGAAGUCGCGUUUUUCUUUCCAGAAUUUCGUGAUUCAGCCCCAGUUAUUGGGUUCCAGGUUCACUUGACGUGUAUCGAUCCCCCUGGUUGCCAAAGUCGUGACCUGCGCAUGCCCAUCAGUGGUUUGAAUCAGUCGUUGCUAACACACCGGGAAACCGGAACUUCGGAUUACCAGGACGUAACCGAAACGCGUAUUCCACACAAAGCUGAAGUGUUUACUUGGCUCGUGACCGAAUUGAAUCCACACACACUAUAUGAAGUUCGAGUUGCAGCUAUAUCGUCCACCGGACCCGGUCCGUUCUCCGAGCCACCGGAAGUGUUUAGAACCGCAGAAGAAGUUCCUGAUUAUGUGAAAAAUCUAUUGGUUGAAAAGAACGAGGCAACGGCUUUACAACUACACUGGAAGCAACCGCGUUCUCAUAAGGGGCAAAUCCUGCAUUACAUUAUCAAAUAUAGUCAGAUUGUGGAAUUAGACCACAGUAUCAGAUUUCCUGACACCACACGUUUGGGAAGGAGUGCGCCGAAUUGGGCAUGGAAGUAUCAGGGUGUUCUGAAAGGGUCACGGUCUCACCAAUCGUCAUUUUGGCACGUGGCUGAAACAGACCGAUCCGUUUUCUCCGGUUUCACGCGGUCUGUCGCUCCACCCACACAGGUAGAAUCGAUUAGCGCAGGAUCCGAGACCAGGGCUAAUGUAAAUCAGCUGUAUCCGAACACGUACUAUAUCUUUUCGGUGGCCGCUGUCUCAAAAGCUGGUUCAGGACGGGCAGCUGUUGUUUUCGGUCGAACUAUGGCAUCGACGGAGAUGGUAAAUAUGUUACAAAGUGUGGACUUUAUUCAAUGGCAAACUCAGCAUAACCAUAUCACGAAUGAACGACUACUGGCUGUUCACUUUACGGAUGUAACCAUGGAAUUUCUCGAGGCUCCUUUGGUUUGGAAUUUACAAGAUUCUUCUGCCAUGGUCAAUUUGAGUGUGAAGUUUGCACCAGUGGUUCCUAGUCUUCACAACAAUCCAUCACUUUGGUGGAUUGAUGGCAAUCGAAUGACGGAAUUCCUUUAUCGGUUGUUCUGGCCUUUACAAGUGCAAACGCAAUCCGCAACCGGGUUCACCGUCGAAUGGGAUGAAACAUCGGAAGAGAGAUGGGAUUGGCUUCCCGCAACAAGUCCCGAGUACGUGACCUGGUCGUCCACCUCACCACGUGACCCAGACAAUAGCACAGAACAGUUUCACCAUCAUAUGGCAACGCUCACAUUGCGGGUGACCAGUAUGCAGCCGUAUACACAUCAUCGUCUACGCAUUUGGCAGCCGCUAUACACUCUGUUCUCACCGAGUUUGGAAAACAGAAAUUUCACCGCGAAUCCAAUUGUUCAUUCCAUCCCAUCCCAGUGGUUCACCACAGCUGCUAGUGUGCCUCGUUCCGCACCGGGGAGGGUGCAUCUGGUUGUGUUGGACGACAGUCAUCUUCAAGUAUCGUGGAAGCCUUUGUUGCCUUCUGAAUGGAACGGUCCACCGGGGGGAUAUGUGAUCACUCUGGAACGUAUUGCGUCUGUGCUACACAACAACCAAUCAAAGUUUGAAGAACUUCGUUCCCCACGGCGUAUGAAAUACGACUGUGGCCAUGUGGAGCGCGACGAAUGUGGCAUCAUGCGACAGCUCAUCUGUGUCAACCAGACCAACCUACAUGAAUAUGUUUUUAAGGGAUUACAGUCCGCUGCAGUGUAUCGUGUUCGAAUGCGCGCUUUCUCGUGGGACGUGAGAGAAACUUCAUACGGCCCACUUUACGGCCCCGAAGUGAUGCGGGUUAUGGAUGAUGCAGAGUCGGAAACAACCCGGGCAUUUCUCAAAUAUAAUGCUUUCUAUGCGGGAACGCAGAUGUGGACAAACAUACCGACUAGUAGCGUUAAUAAAUUGUACGCUUUGGUUGAUUCCGAAGGCUUUCAGUUACAAUGGUCUGAACCAAGUGUGUUUCCCUGUGAGCAAACCAUCACUGGCUAUCGGAUUUCAGUCACUCAUAUCCAGCAUGAGUUUGAAGAACGUGCCGAGGACCAGAAUACGCGCGUAAUUGAACAUGCUUGGCUAGUCCCGGUUGAGGAUUCCCGUUUGGCCAUCAUCUCCACAGCCUCAUUACACUCUAGAAUCGACCGCCGUAGAUCCCUGAGACUAACGACUGAAGAAUUGAUUACUACUCUUCGGUACCCAUCAACGUGGGCUCCAUGUGUGAACUAUGACAAAUUCCGUGUAAGUAUUCAGCUGACAAAUCAAAGAGGUAAUGGCCCGCGAAGUGAAGAAGUGGGGGCCCAAUUUGCCCCAGAUAACGAACGCAUCCACGGCUCCAUUUCACUCAGGUCAAUUACGCUAAACAAAUUGGAACAGACCAACAUCACAGUAGGACGAGUACUACUCAGCUGGAAGCUUACACGCUAUGACCGCAAUCAACGCCCGAAACACAGUGUCUCUUUGCGAUGGCAGGAGAUCGACUCGGUCACUCAAGUGCCAAUUGGUGUGUUGGCAAGACGUCUACUCAAUUGGCCACAGUCGCUAAGUCGGGAGGCGGAAGCGGUGUUUCUUGUGACAGUGGAUGGACUGGUCGCGGACAGUACAUACCGCUUUACUGUUGAUGAGGAUAAUGAUGAUGAUGAAGGUGAUACGAGACCUCGGAUCCAUGGAAGCGGAUGCCACUUUGGGCAAACAAUAACAUACAUUCGUUUGAGUCAACUGACCAAUCAGAAUGAUGUGAGCACACUGAACGAACUGGCUGACACACUCGGACCGCAGGAUUUCAGUCAAUCGGAUUGGAUCACUUACAAACCAUCUCCACAACUGGGGCAAGAAGAUGCGUUUCAUGUGCUCGGCCUCACUCCGUAUUCAGCCUAUGUAUUUCGUCUGGCUGCAAUAACGGAUGCAGGACCCAGUCCAUAUAGUCGUCCAUCUGUAGUCAUGUUCACCCGUCCCUCUUACCCCUGUGAGGCACCGGAGGAUGUUUCCACCAGUUUGCGUACUGUUGAUCGUGAGUUCCUUCGACGGCUGUACGGCGAACCGGUAUCGGAUCGAACACCCACCAAGCCUUGCCAGACAAUUGCGGUUCGAUGGAAGCCAAUUCCUGAAACCUCGUGGAACGCAGAACCCCGGUUUUAUCGCCUUAUCUAUCGGGUCUGGUCGCGAGCUACUAAUGAUCGAAGUGACCGGACACUACUCAUCUCCCACAAACCUUCGAAUCAACCGUACUAUGAGGCACUAUUGCCUCCAUUGCCCCCUCAGACAUAUUACCAGAUUCGCUUGGCAGCUCAAAACGAAUUCGGAACCGGUCCCUCGUCCGACUGGAUAUUCGUCUUCAGCGGAGAUGGAUGUCCACACGAGACUGCUUCAAACCCGUGGCUCCUAGACAGCAUUGUAUACAAUUCGGUAAUGAAUACUGUCAAUAAUGGGCCACUAGAAGUACAGGGGUUCACCUGUUCGAGUGACCGAGACAAAGUGGAGAUAAAGUGCACCUGGGUUCCGAUUACAAACCCCAAAGCUCUCGGAUAUGAGAGUCUUGAACCCUAUUCCCGUUACACAGUACACAUACGUGCACUGCUACAAGGUGAUAUGAUCCGGUCCCUUUGGAGCCACGCUCCAAGUAGCGAGUUUGUACUGCUUUCAGAAAGAAAUCCAGUACGUUUUGGAACUUGUGACAAAGAUUACCUGUGUUCUGCCCAACUUCCACCGACGAAACCUCAGGAUCUACAGUUCCGAUGGCAAUCCAGACAGACAGCACAGAUUAGCUGGUCACCACCGAAACGUUUAAACGGCAAACUGCAUGGAUAUCGCGUGGCAAUAGCGAGAAUUCAAUCCUCCAGUCGGGUAGUCCUAAAUGAAUUGCAGCCUGAGCCGGAGCUCAUCAAACAUUUCACCAUGGACACGGAGUAUCGACUGGCUAACUUGAAUCAGAAUAGCACGUACGUGGUUGAACUGACGGCGCAAACGGAAGCAACCCAGUUUGCUGGAUUUGGUCCACCUUCCUGUUUGGCGUUGACCACAAAUCCAUGCCUGCAUCUAUCUGCCGAUAUAUAUGACUCAAGCGGUCCGGGAUGUUCUCGUAUGAUUCGAAAACUCCAGCAACUUCACGUUGAACGCCGCAAUCAGUGCAUCCAUCGUUUACCAGAAAUGUAUCGACCGACAGUGCGCAGUCGAACUGCGAAACUGGACAGCAGCGUCGCGAGAUCUGCGAACGAUGGUACUAUUACAGUCACAACCGAGCCGGAGCAAAUCAGUGAUGCUCGCAUCAAUGCGGUGUAUCGGAAUCAAACCUCAACCAGUGCAUUGUCGGGAAAUUUGAGUUUACAAAAUUUGGAAAUUACAUGGGAUGUGGCCCCACAGAGCGAUGUGCCCGCGUCACAAUUUCUGCUGGAGGUGCGAACAUCACGAAAUCUCCUUCGAUGGUACCCGGUUCGUGCUGUGCAUCACACAGUCCGACAGUUGACACUGUUUGUCGAUGAUUCAGCUCUUCUGCAUGCCGCACAUGCCUCGAAUGACGACUCAGAUGAUAUCCGAGAUGCAAAUAUCAGCACUGUCGCACUAGAGGUCACGAGAAAAUUGAUUGUUGCAGCCUACACACAACGCGGAGUUCCGACAGACUCGUCCAGUCACGUGGCCGUACAGUUUCGUCUAAUCGCAGCAAGCCCAUUCCAACUUGGAUUGCCUGGACCUGGGUCUAGUUGGAUGGUGAUUGCCAAUGAAAGAAAUUAUCAAUUGCAAGAUGCUAACGAAUUUCUACGAAUCAACAUCCGUCGUCACGUGUCCAAAUCGCACAUGCUUGUUCAUAAAACUCCCCCGAGAUCUCAGGAACUGAUGCUCGAAUGUUGUAUUCUAAACGAUUCGUGUGUGGACGGGGAAGCUAUCACUCCGGAACAAACCAAACCACUGAGUGCACCAAUCGACGGGAUACAUACAAACGGGAAGUGUGUCCCAGACGGAUUGACUUACCCCGGUGCUAUUCCGAUGCAUAGCAGUUUCUUCCCUGUGACAGAUCAGCACGUUGAGACCAGUCUCAGUCCGAUGCUUUGUGUGGACAGCAGUUGGGGUAGUCGCACGGUGAGCAAUAAGACAUCCAGUUCAGCAGAAGUGCAUCAGCUUCAGCAAGAUAUUUGCAAUCGAAAUCAAUUGACUGAUGGCCAGGGUUUUGGAUGUUCAUUUCCUUACUCCAAUGACGUCAUCGGAUUGGAGGAAACGCAAAAUUAUCCCACACCCGCAUUAGUCGAAGAUAUGUCGCCAUUUGAGAUCCCUUUCAGUCAUUCGACUUUACCCGGGGCCAGUCACGUGAUUCGGGCUAUGGACCCGACGGAUCAAUGCUCUCCGAUCGUCAAAUCCCAGUUUCAGACAGUUAACUGUGAUCCAGCAUUGCUUACUGAUCCAAAUUGUCCUUUUCACACCUCAAUGUCCCCCUAUCACUGGUCUGCAUGCGGAAAGGCAAGCCCCUCGGAUAAUAACUGUGCACAUGGUUACCAGACACAAGUGAUGCACUCGACGAAUCCACGGCUGAGCAACACAACUUACUUUGUCAACUGUCCCGUAUCCCCAAUCGCGACCCAAUGGAGCAAUACAAAUAAUUCCGUGAAUAUGGACCGAGGAGAAAUGAAUGUUUAUCUGGGUGAAGGGUACUCCCACCAUACCCCGACUGCAAAAGAGGCAAGAAGCCAGUCCGAAGAAUCCUGUCAAUAUGUGAUGCACUAUCCCAACCCAGCUGCAAAUUUAGUCUCGUAUCGUCCAACUCAAAACGCUCCUCAUCAAUCUGCCACCCAAGCAACUGCAACCGAACAGAACUGGAUGAACAUUUCUACGCAUAUAAAGUAUGCGCAAUCAAAAAUGGAGGCGUCUCCGAAACGUCCUUUUUCCCCGGACUUGGUAAAAAGCGUGUUUAACAACGGUCUUCGAUGUAAUGCCUACAUUCUCGACUCAGAUAUGGCUGGAGCGGACUCCUACACGACACAAGAAUGGCGCGGUUCACCCGUGCACAAUCUGGUCUACACAAGACCGAAUUUGUUGUCCACUGGGGAUCCACAAAGUCCGGGGACGAAUUCAAUAGAGACUGAGCAGCACGGUCGGGACACAGACCACGGAUCCGCCUCAUGCUCUCCCAUUCAAGAUGCCCUGACAUCAACUGAAGUGUAA